AUGAAGGCUUUCAUUCUUCUAGCUCUGUUCACAGUGGCAUAUGCUGCUCCCAUUGAGGAUGACAAGAUUGUGGGAGGAUAUGAGUGCAGAAAGAACUCUGUGCCCUACCAGGUCUCCCUGAACGCUGGCUACCACUUCUGUGGCGCUUCCCUGAUCUCCAGCACUUGGGUGGUGUCUGCUGCUCACUGCUACAAGUCCCGUGUCCAGGUGCGUCUUGGUGAGCACAACAUUGCUGUCAAUGAGGGUACCGAGCAGUUCAUCAACUCUGCUAAGGUCAUCAAGCACCCUCGCUACAGCAGCCGCAACCUGGACAAUGACAUCAUGCUGAUCAAGCUGAGCAAGCCCGCCACCCUGAACAACUACGUCCGCACCGUGUCCCUGCCCUCCAGCUGUGCCAGCUCAGGAACCCGCUGUUUGAUCUCUGGAUGGGGCAACACCAGCGGCACUGGAAACUACUACCCUGAUCGCCUGAGGUGCCUGGAUGCCCCUAUCCUGAGCGACAGCAGCUGCAGGAACUCCUACCCUGGACAGAUCACCUCCAACAUGUUCUGUGCUGGAUUCCUGGAGGGAGGCAAGGACUCCUGCCAGGGUGACUCUGGUGGCCCCGUGGUGUGCAACGGUCAGCUGCAGGGUGUGGUGUCCUGGGGCUAUGGCUGCGCCCAGAGGAACAAGCCUGGAGUCUAUGCCAAGGUCUGCAACUACAACUCCUGGAUUCGCAGUACCAUGUCCUCCAACUAA